CGUCGUGGGCUGGACCUGGCACUUCGGAGACUCAGGUGACGGCGGAGUCGAGCAAAGUUGCUUAAAGGACGCUCGGACCGGGUAGAGUGGCCUUUUUGUUGAUGUAGCGACACCCACAACAGAAGCGCGAGGUACACUCUACUAACCACGUGCAGAUCCCUAUCAACACCACAAACACCAUACAUGCACCUCUGACCAUGGAUCAUCCGCCGCGACUGUCAACGGCGUCAACCCCAGGACCGGCCGAGAACGCAUCAGAGUCCAAAUCAGGAACACGUACGGAGUUGUACGGCUACGGCUUUGGACCGAACGCGCCUUCAAGGUACCUCCCGUUUCCUGCGACCGCGAACAUUACCGCCGUCGAGCUCCUCGCAUUCCUUCCGAACAGCAUACACUGCGUUGACGUGGUGUAUCGCCUAGUCACGAACGGCGCAACCCCGACUCAGGUUUGGGCCACCGUGAACACACAUCGAAAGCUUGCCAAGGAGUGGACUCAGGGCGCCUGCCGGCAGAGCAUCUACAAGACGAUGGAUCAAGGCGGGUACAAGGAUUGGCGACUCCAGACGCAUGAUACCUUCCACGAAAAGAAAAAGUCGACCUGGGAUGAUGCCAACCUCUACGUUGCAGGGUUCUCGCCACCAGAUGAUGGAAAAUCCAAGAUCACUCCGACAGACAUACCCUUCAAGAACCUAGCCAUAGACCUGAGCUGCAUGCCGCAGGGCCACGAUGCGCUGGAUCUGACUCGCAUGGUAGAGUACUGUGUGCAGAAUCCACAUGAGCCGUGGUUCUAUCCUCGCGACUACAAUAAAGUAUUGCAGCUUGUGGGCGGCGCAGCUACUGUUCGAAAAGAACAUAGCGAUGGCGAUGCUUCCAAACGAUGGGCUGGUGUAAAGCCUCCUCUUUCUCAAGGUGCACCAGCCAGCGCUCCUCUCGUGCAAACUCAGAAAAAGAAAGAUGCUAAGAGAAAGAAGAAGAGUGUCAUGGAAGAAGAUUUGCCAGUACCUAGGAGACAGAAGGAAACAGUCGCUCAACCAAAGGGCACGACACCAGAGUCAGAAACAGAGAAUGAGAUGCACGAGCUGAGAGGAAAGCCGAGAAAGUCUGUAUGGUUUGACGAGGAGCCAGUCGUUGAGAAAUUUGUUGAAGAGGAAGAAGAGGAGGACGAGGAGGACGACAUCAUGGUCAGCGCCAGCAGAGACCUUGAAAGAACAAGUUAUGCCGCGCCUCCGGAAGAUUCAGUCGUGCCAUGGGAGACAGCACUUGCAGACUCACAAGAUGAGGACGCGAUGAAUAUGGCGUUCUUCUUCGAACGUCAGGUAGGAGAGACUGAUCCAUACAGCCCAUACGCUUUCAGUGGUCCCCGUCAUAAGCCGCCUUACCGACCGCUGUACCGCAUCGACCUCCCAGACUCAUCAGAUGCAAGCGGUUGGGCAGAGAACCUGAGGUGGGCAUUCGAACAGAACACGCUCUACCGAUACCCUUACCGCCCUGACGCUUGGAACGAGAGCCCGGAGCACAUGGAGCUCAUCGUGCAGAUUCGGAUAGACCGGUACUGGAUGUCGGAUGAGUACGCGGCAAUGAUUGACAAUUAGCUCGGCAGGGCGACGAUUGCCUAGUAGUUGGGGGUUUAUUGGAUUCUGGGGUUUGGGAGUUCUGGUCGUUCGCUGAUGGAUGGUAAUAAUCGUGUCAUGUCACAGUACCCUCAUCCUGCUAAAAGGCAGCAGCGAACGCAGGCGAGAGAGUAGCGCCAUUGAACCGUAGCUGAUGAGUAAGGAGAUCCGAAAUGUCACAUGUAUAGUAAUGGCAAUGGCCGUUCGAUGGAUUCACUGUCAAUAAUGCUGUGAG